AAAACUGGGUGAUUCAAUGUCGUUUUCUGUAGAUACAAAUCUAGUUUCAACGUGACAACAUCAAGAACAAAAUAUUCUCCGUUUAGAGAUCGUUGUACGUGCAAACUCAAGAUGACCAAGUUAUUCAUUUUCACUGUUGUGUUCGCUGCAAUUAUCAUGUGUACCAAAGCACAAGUAGCUGGCGGUCUAGGUGCAUCUAAACCAGUAGAUGCAGAUGUCACAGAAGUGAUUGAAAGACAACGGGAUAGCAUCAUUAAGAAAAUUUGUGACAGUGGGUCGACUUGUCCAUCUGCAGAUGCCAAAAUUGUUAUUAACAGUUACAAAACGCAAACGGUCGCUGGCACCAAUUAUUUUGUCGGUUUGACUAUUGACGACAUCAUCUAUCACGUAAGAAUUUUCAGUCAACCAUGGACACAAACGGAAGAAGUUCAUGGUGUCCAAGGACCAAAAACAGUAACCGAUGAAAUUUCAUAUUUUGUUUAAAUUUAGAGCACCGAAGGGUCAAAGAAAAAUGUAUGUUGUCAGGACAGUAAUAUUUUGUGUUCCAUUUUCAUUUUUUUUUAAAUAAAUGCUUUUCAAGUGUCCAAGCCA